GUGUAGAGAUGAUUGGCUGAUGCAGGAUCAGUACUCAGGUGUAGAGAUGAUUGGCUGAUGCAGGAUCAGUACUCAGGUGUAGAGAUGAUUGGCUGAUGCAGGAUCAGUACUCAGGUGUAGAGAUGAUUGGCUGAUGCAGGAUCAGUACUCAGGUGUAGAGAUGAUUGGCUGAUGCAGGAUCAGUACUCAGGUGUAGAGAUGAUUGGCUGAUGCAGGAUCAGGUGGUUUGUGACAUUAAUAAACACUGGGCUGUAUUUACACAUCCACUACGUUCAAUAAUCCGAUGUAAACUGUGUUAUAGUCUACGAUCUAACGUCGGUGUUUGACAACGCUUAGACGUUUCCGUGGAUACAUAGGUCACGUGCACACACACAUACACGCACGCACGCGCACGACUGUGCGCAUACACCGGUACAGCAGAAACGUGCUUUUAUAUUUCAGCGCUUUAUAUUUCAGACCGAAUUCUUCAAGACAUUCAGUUGUGUUUUAACUGAAUGAGUGCAGUUUAACUUCCUGAUCUCAGGCAUCAUCAUCAUCAUCAGAAUCAUCAUCAGAUUCAGAAUUAGAAUCAGACAUUUUUUUGCCCGUACUAUAAGUUUACAUGUACAGGAAUUUAUCUUGGUGUUGGUGCAUCAUCAUCAUCAUCAUCAUCAUCAUGGACUUCAUGCUCAGCGGAGUGGCCGCGUGCGGCGCGUGUUUGUUCACCAACCCGCUGGAGGUUUGUAAAACCCGGAUGCAGCUUCAAGGUGAGCUGAAGAGCCGCGGCACGUACCGGGUUCAUUACCGCAACGUCUUCCACGCGUUCUACACCAUCGGGCGGGUGGAGGGUUUAUCUGCGCUGCAGAAAGGUCUGGUCCCCGCGCUGCUCUAUCAGUUCUUCAUGAACGGGGUGAGACUCGGUUCAUACGCCACCAUCGAGUCAGCCGGCUACAUCUACACACAGGGGCGCGUGAGCACGUCGAAGAGCACCGCGGCCGGGGCGGUGUCCGGUGUCGUGGGAGCCGUCGUGGGAAGCCCGAUCUACCUGGUAAAAACACACCUGCAGAGUCAGUCCACAUCUCCCAUUGCUGUGGGACACCAGUACAAGCACCGGGGGAUGUUACACGCUCUGUCAGUGAUUUACAGAGAGCACGGCAUUAUGGGACUGUGGAGAGGAUCCAGCGCGGCUGUGCCCAGAGUCAGUGUGGGUUCUGCGUCUCAGCUCUCCACCUUCUCCAUCGCUAAAGAGAUCAUCACUGACUUGGGGAUAUUCUCCACUGAUAGCUGGUUGGUGUCUCUCUGCGCCGGGAUGAUGAGCAGUGUGGUGGUGGUUCUGUUCAUGACACCGUUUGAUGUCAUCAGCACACGACUCUAUAACCAGCCUGUGGAUCACAUGGGAAAGGGUGAGCUAUAUCGAGGCUUCAUGGACUGUUUCUCCAAGACCCUGAGGAAGGAGGGUGUUUUUGGCCUGUAUAAAGGUCUGGGCGCGUCCUAUUUCAGACUUGGACCACACACCAUACUCUCUCUUCUGUUCUGGAACGAACUAAGAACACUUUACCGCAGCUAACACACACACACACACACACACACACACACACACACACACACACACACACACACACACACAGGGUUUAAAGUGUUUGUUCAUGCUGGAGUCACAGUAAUAAAACAAAGACUGAAGCUGGUCAUUUCUUCAGAUUUGGAGAUUGAAUAUAAUGGAAACAGAAUGUGACCGGAUUUAACAUUUAUUUUUCACAACAGUUUCCCAUUUAAUGCUAAUAAUAUUAACAUCACUAUGUUUUUAUCAGCUGUAUUUUAAUGUCACUGUGUAAAACAGGACUAAUGCUGCAGGAUCAGUUCAGCUAUUUUUAUAAAUAACUUAAAUACAAACUAAUGAAUAAACAUGAAGAGAUUUCAUCAGAGACCUGAGAGUUUUAAACAUCAUUGAUAUAAUAACAUUCUAUUCUAAAACAUAUUCUGUACUUCACUUUAAGUGUCGUGUUUUUUUUUGGAGAAUCACCAGAAAAUACACAAUAUGAUAUAACACAAUGUACUACAGUAAGGAUGUUGUGUAGUAAUAAAAUGCUACACAACAGUGAUGACAUUCACACGACUGACACGAUGUCUCACACACACACACACACACUGCACUACUGACACGUUACACUACAGGGUUACAGAGGAAUAACAUAACUAUAAGGAACAAGAUUAAUGAUGACGACACAAAGUUUAAUAUGAACCUGAAGCCUUACUCCUGUCAUUAAACUGACUGCUGCAAUGGGACAGAAUUACGUCCAUAUCUGUUUCUGUAAAGCUGCUUGUUAAAAGCACUAUAGAAAUAACACUGAAUGAAUUCUGCUGUGCAGUUGGAGGUGUAAUUAACACUCCUGAUAAAUGCUGAUGUCCAUAAAGGACUGAUGGGAAAUAAAGCUGAUGUUCAGCAUGUAAUAAAGAGGAA